AUUAAAUGAAAGAGUUUUAAGUUUUGGCAGCAGAAGGAAUAGAAGCGCAUGGACAAAAAAAAUCGUUUAUUAGAAAGAUCAAAUAGGAUCAGAAAGUUUCCUAACGGUUAAAAUUUUUGGGAAGGCGAACAUUAACAUUGUAACAAGCCAAUUAAAUGGAAGAAAAGAAGAUAAAAGUAUAAAAAUUAAAAUACAAAGACUAAAAAGACGUAAAAAAAAAAAAAAAAAAAAAGAAAUGACCGAAGUAAAUAAAAUUGAUAACGAGCCGGGGAAGUAUCGACAACUUCUCGUAGCGUUGAUCGCAAACAUAGCGACUCUAUCGUUUGGAAGUAUGAUAGGUUGGCAGUCACCUAUAAUACCGCAACUACAAAGUGAAAAUCCUCCGGUAGGUGAUAGGCCUAUGUCGGACGAGGAAGUAUCCUGGCUGAUUGGAGUCACGUGCAUAACAGCCGCUUUCACGAGUUUGACAGUCGGUAUUAUAGCGAAUAGAUUCGGGCGCAAGGUGGCUGGAUGUUUGAUGGGUUUGCCACUUUGCGGCUGUUGGCUAUUUACUAUUUUUGCAACAGAACACGUACAUUUAUAUAUCGCACGUUUCUUUUCGGGAAUUUGUGGCGGGAUGGUAUUGUUCUUGGUGCCAAUGUAUGUGUCUGAAAUUGCAUCCGACGGAAUACGUGGUAUGUUGGGUAGUUUACUAGUAUUCAUAUUGAACGGAGGUAUUCUUUUGGGAUAUAUAAUCGGUGCUAUACUUUCGUAUCGUUGGUUUGCAAUUGUUAUGCUUAUACUUCCGUUAUUUUAUAUCGCAUCGUUCGUUUUUGUACCGGAAACACCUGUAUAUCUAAUACGACGCAAUCGAAUCGACGAAGCUACCAGAUCUCUGAUGUGGUUUAGAGGGGGACACAUGUCGACUGUAGAGAGAGAGAUGUUGCGUCUGCAACAAGAAAUAAACGUUUCCGGGCAAACGAUUAAACCAUCAGAUCUGUUUCGAGAUCGAGCAACGAUUAAAGGACUUUUCAUUACUUUAGGAUUGUUUGCUGGGCAACAAAUGGCCGGGAUAUUUAUCAUGAUAAGUUACACAGAAACCAUAUUUAAGAUGUCGGGAAGUUCAUUAUCGCCGAACGAUUCGGCGAUUAUCGUAGGUGCCAUUCAAGUUUUUGGCUCGUAUUUAUCCACGAUUUUGGUGGAAAGAGCUGGUAGAAGACCAUUGCUUUUAAUGUCUUGUUUAGGGAUGGCUACGUGUCACUAUACCAUCGCAGUGUUUUGUUACCUGCAAACACUUGAAUACGAUGUCAGUCAAUUUAGUUGGAUUUCGAUCUUAGCCUUGUCCAUUUUUAUGAUUAGCUACGGUUUAGGCAUGGGGCCAGGUCCGUACGUAGUUUCUUCGGAAAUACUUAAUCGGGAUAUUUCAAAUAUGGUGAUAACCAUGGGGAUAUUCACCGCUUGGGGUAUGGCAUUCGUGAUCGUUAAAUUAUUCCCAACUAUAGUCGAUUUGUUAGGUAUAAACGGUUGUUUUUUCCUUCUCGGCAGCUUUUGUCUGAUUAUCUUUGCAUUCGUUUUUAUAAUCUUACCAGAAACAAAGGGUCAGCCACGUCAAUUAAUCUUGGAUCGACUUAAUGGAAUAUCUCACGUGUUAGACAAGACAAAAUACGUUUCUUCAAAUGAUAUUAAAAUUAUACCGAAACCUGAAUUAAUUUGAGAGCAUUGUAAAUAACAAAUAAUCUAAUACUCUCAUCCAAUAUUAUUUUCAUAUUCCAAACUCCUAAAUCAGAAGAGAUUUAGAUCUUGUUAAAGUAUAUGGUUGCAUAACACUAGGCAUAUAGCAGAAAAGGAAAAUGAAGGAAUCUGUAAAAGAGAUAAAUUGAGAUAAUUGUCCUUUUUAUAAUUAAUUGCGUAAAUAAUCAAUGGAACAAGAACUUUGUACAUAUUAUUGUACAUAUUACUAUUUUAUAUAUAUAUAUCUUGUUUUAAAAUAAGUCUUAGAUACAACAAUCUUGUAUAGAUUUUGUUUGUACUUUAUAUAAUAAUCAUAAAUUAUAUAUAACAAUCAUAA